AUGGCCAUUAUUAAACGAACCACGUCAACAACGCUCAAGAUGGAAAACAACCAACUUGAGGCGGACUACGCAAGCCUUCUUGGUAACUACAAAGUAGUAUACGAAGACCACAGCAACCUGGUUACUGCGCACAACGAGUUGGUCACCGAGCACAACGCGCUGGUGACCGAUCACGACGCUCUCACUCAGGAGAACAAGGCCCUCCGCAACACCGCCGAAAACCUCGAGACCAAGCUGAACAGUUCACACGAGGACUACGACAAACUAAACCGCUGGGCCGAUGACACCCAGCGCAAGCUCGCCAACGUCAUCGCCACAUCCGAGGAAUGGCGCAAAGAGCGCAACGUCCUCGAAGCCGCGCACGACGCGCAAGCGGCGACGUACGCGUCCAUGUACGACGCGUACCGCGCGCGGUGCGCUGAGGUGCUGCGCGCGGAGGCGGAGACGCGGCGCGUCGAGGCUGCGCAGAAGACUGCGGAGGAGGGCUUUGAGCGGCAGAAAAGUGCGCUGGAGCAGGCGCAUGCGGCUGAGGUGAGGGGGCUGCGUGAGUGGGUGUGGGAGCUCGAGAGGCAGGUCGAGCAGUGUAAUUAUUUGCAUAAGCGCAGAAUGCCCGGCGCUUUUGAGGAGGAGUAG